GCUUUGUCGCUAAAGUAAGUAACCAGGUCACUAAAUACUGCACUGUAGGAGCGUGAUUACAAACGUAUGAGGUCGCCGAUCCAAUUGAUCUCAGAUGAGUGCGAUUAACCUAAGGUUAGUCUAUAACUUGUGUAUGAUGUGCCUCACCUUAAGAGUAACUACUACUGCUGCUCCUACUACUGUGCUUUACCUGAUUUAGAUACUACAACAACACGCCUUGGGGAUUCUCUUCUCAAGCCCUUUCCCACCUGCCGCUGAUACGUCAAAGUUGAACCGCACCACACCACAAAACCACACCCUGACUCUGUUUGUCAUCGCAUGACGUUCCGGGGCCGAUGCUCCAUUCAGAAACCCACUCAGGACCCUUUUGAGUCCUUUAUCGCCAGUGCUGUACGACGGCUCACAGCUAACCUAAGACUGUUCGUUUCCACAGUCGCGGACGACAAGCAUAACCUGACCUUACGGAUCCGUACCCUACAUAGUCGACUCCAUACUGCAUACCAGCUGCAGUUGGGCAUUGACGGCAGCGCAGCGCCUUAUUCUUACCGUAUCACCAAACCACAAACAAUGGCCAUGACCCAGGCAGUCCUGCAGAACGACCACACUGCCGAAAGAGAGCGCCCAGGUCGCCGCCGCCCAUUCUCCACCUGGGUCAAGAAGCUCACCAACUUCAAGAAUGGCUCCUCCUCCACCGACAGCACCAAGCAGAGCCACUCCAAACGCGAUCAUGCCGCGAAGCCUUCCAAGCGACGACCAUCCAAGCAGAACAACCCGUACCCGGAGUCGGGCUGCAUCGCCUCUUCACGACACCACAGCCAGCCGUCACUUUCUACCACCUACACUGGGGUCACUUCCAACCUCUCCACCGAGCAGAGUCGCACAUCCAUGAACUCCUCCGUCGACGGCCACGCUCCGACGACUGCCGGCGGCCUCUCCAUGGCCGGCACCGACCACGAAGCAUCGCAUUCCAUCAAUGCGCCUUCACAUAUGGCCUCCUCUGUCGCCGGAACCAGUAGGACAGCCAACGGCAGGCGAGGAGGGGACAGUACAUUCUCAUCCCCGUCGCCUUCCGUGCGCUCCCUCACCACCACCUUGACCACUAUCCAGUCCAUGGCCGUCAACCCCAAUUCAAACCAGGGACAGUCCUCGUCUCACCACCAUGGCAACAACAACAACUCCCAGAAUAUCCAGUUCAGCCAGCCCUUCCCGACCGCAUCUCCGGCCUCGGCGAUACCUGCGCAUUUGGCCCCGCACGUGAGCAAUCACCCGACCACCUACCAGGCGGCAACCGCCAACAACUUGCUGUCUGACGACGCCUCAAUUCUCACAUUGGCCUCUUCCAGCAAGAGGAGGCGGCGCAGAUCUUUCGACACGGACGCUUCGGUCAGAGCUCUUGCCCCAUCAUCAGUCUGGGGAGCUUCCCGCGAGAGCUUGCCCUUGAGUGUCCUCAGUGCCAACAUCGACGGCGUACCAGCAACCCCCAGUCUCCAUCAGACGGCCUCAAGGAUGGGACCCGCUGCUGAGCGCAACAGCCUCUACUCUACCACCGGCAUUGUACCAGCCCUUCCCAGCGAAAGAAACAGCUUCUACGCAAAGCAGAGUAUCGCUGGGGACGGAGCCAGUGUACGAAGUGGUUUCAUGGGCCACGGCAGGGCUGAUAGUAUCAAUGGCAGCGUGGCUGGAGUGACUAGCCCUCUGGCUAGUCCCCUUGAGGUGGCUGAGAGAGACCACGUCGCCGAGAUAGAUGAGAUGGUGAAAGAAAGGGCCCCAGAAUGAGGACCCCGACUACAUUUUCUAUGUCGAGGCUCGCUCUGGAUCUGAGCUUCCAGUGAGGGGGGCAUUGCGGGCAUAUGGAGUUACGGACAUUCUUCCUGGCGUUUCGGUAGAGAGGGCCAUGUUCACUACGAUGGAUACUCGGCAGCGACUGGGCUACGAGCUGACAAAGACUAAUGACUAAAGAAUGAACCUGGUAUGGAAUUGAAGGACUUGAUUGGUAUCUGAACGUUGAGGUCAUAAGUUGUUAGUAACCAUAGAUACCCAUGUAAUUGAUCAUUAUUUGCAUUGCUUUCUCGCCAUGCAGUCACUUGGUUGGGGCAUUAUCUCUAUGGGCGAAGCCAAC